AUUACUUCAUAACUGUUUGACCAAGUAAUGGUAUGAUGAUGUUGGCACAAAAUGUACUGUACUUUGGACUAUAAAACACGUUUGGUGACCAGGAUCUUGCGUUUGGUGCUAGAUCAAUACAUUUCAGUACAGUAGGUUCAUAAUAUGACUUAAAUCCACACAAGUGCAAUAUAUUUGGAUUAAUCCAUUUUCAAAUGUCAAAGACCAUGGUAGAAGACAAUGAUUCCAGCACAAUGAAGAUAUUGGAUAUUGAUGACGACACACAUAGCAUGACCAGAACAAGAGAUGGCGUUAAAUAUUCAGUACAUUUUCAGUGGUGGAAGAGACCAUACAAAGUUGCUGCAUUGUGUCUGGGGCUGCUGUGUGUUCUCCUACUGGCUGGGAUCAUAGGCCUGGGUGUACACUUCACUGGUCAGCAUUAUUCUCCAGAGAGAGACCAGCUACAGACCAGCUACAACAACAUGACUAAAGAGAGAGACCAGCUACAGAUCAAUUAUAGCACCCUGACUAAAGAGAGAGACCUGCUACAGACCAGUUUUAGUACUCUGACUAAAGAGAGAGACCAGCUACAGACCAGUUAUAGCACCCUGACUAAAGAGAGAGACCAGCUACAGACCAGUUAUAGCACCCUGACUAAAGAUAGAGACCAGCUACAGAGGGAGACAAUCAGACUGAACAAGAAGCUCAAAGGGAGACCUUGUCACGAAGGAUGGAUAAAGUUCGAAACCAGCUGUUACUUCUUCUCAACUGUGAAUAAAACCUGGGAGGAGAGCAGAAUGGACUGUAUAAGGAGAGAAGCACAUCUUGUGAUCAUAAACAACAGAGAGGAACAGGUAUUUAUCAAUGGGUUAAACGGAGCAAAUAAACAAAUCUGGAUUGGUCUGACUGACACAAUUGCUGAGGGAACCUGGAAAUGGGUGGACGGCACACCACUGACUACCACGUAUUGGGGGGAUGGACAGCCUAAUAGCUGGAAAGAAACAGAGCAGGACUGUGGGGAGUUUGUACACCGUUCAACAGACCCAGGGGAUUGGAAUGACGAUGGGUGUUCCGUUGAACAAUACUGUGUCUGUGAGAAAUAGGAUUAUCAUAGAUACUCUCUCUGCACUGUCAUUCAUUUAAAGGGCCUCUCUAUGUCCUAUGUUACUCCUUUUAGUCUUAUGUCUGAAGACAGAUGUUAUUUGGUGGAAUGGUACUAGAUGUGGGAGAAUGCCACACGCUGACAAACACACACACAUGUACAGUGCCAGUCAAAAGUUUGGACACACCAACUCAUUCAAGGCUUUUUCUUUAUUUUUACUAUUUUCUACAUUGUAGAGUAAUAGUGAAGACAUCAAAAAGAUCAAAUAACACAUAUGAAGUCAUAUAGUAACCAAAUAAGUGCUAAACAAAUCAAAAUAUAUUUUAUAUUUGAGAUUCUUCAAAGUAGCCACCAUUUGCCUUGAUGGCAGCUUUGUACACUCUUGGCAUUCUCUCAACCAGCUUCAUGAUGAAUGCUUUUCUGACAGUCUUGAAGGAGUUCCCACAUAUGCUGAGAACUUGUUGCCUGCUUUUCCUUCACUCCGCGGUCCAACUCAUCCCAAACCAUCUCAACUGGGUUGAGGUCGGGUGAUUGUGGAGGCCAGGUCAUCUGAUGUAGCACUCCAUCACUCUCCUUCGUAAAAUAGCCCUUACACAGCCUGGAGGUGUGUUGGGUCAUUGUCCUGUUGAAAAACAAAUGAUAGUCCCAUUAAGCACAAACCAGAUGGGAUGGUGUAUCGCUGCAGAAUGCUGUGGAAGCCAUGCUGGUUAAGUGUGCCUUGAAUUCUAAAUAGAUCACUGAUAGUGUAACCAGCAAAUCACCACCACACCAUCACACCUCCUCCCCCAUGCUUCACAGUGGGAAUCACACAUGCACAGAUUGUCACGCCCUGACCUUAGAUAGUCUUUUUAUUUCUCU